AUGGCCCAUCUAGUGAUUGCCACGAUUCAUCACAAGUUGGUAUCACUGUUUGUGAUCAUCAUUAUGGCCAAGGGUGUCUUUGCACCGAGAGGGUGCCCUUAUGGAUGGGUGCCUUAUGCUGAGUCUUGCUACUUGGGUCUGGAUGGAUCCAUGAAGGGCGACUGGACCACUGCCGUGAUGCAUUGUGAUCGCAACAACGCAUCUCUAAUGCUCCCAACCUCAGAUUGGGAAAAUAAAUUCAUAUUUACUACGUUUCAGCACCACGGAGAUCCAAUAGGUGUUUGGAUCAAUUGUAAUGAUGCUGAAGUUGAAGGUGAAUGGAACUGCAUCGAAGAUGGUAAAUUUCCAACUGAAUAUCGGAAGUGGGAUCCUGAACAACCGGACGAUGAUAUAAGGUCUACGGAUCAGGAUUAUGGUUUCAUGAUAACCCUUAAUUACAAGAAUAAUCCUGACGUACUUGGCUAUUGGGGUGAUGUGGACAUAGAUAAACCAUUGUUCAUCGUCUGUGAGCGUCCCCGUCAAGCAAGAUGUGGUUAA